GGGCUCCGCGCUCCCCGCCCCCCCCCAACCCCCCCCCCCAGCCCCGGUUCCCCCUCCCCGGCCCGCCAUGGCGGCGGCCGUGGACGAGAGCACCCUGCCCUCCAUCUCUACUUUCGCCAACCUGUUGCCGUUAGAGGAGCGGCCCGCCGACAUGCUCCACAGGAUGCUGCAGCAGGACGGCUCCGCCGUCAAGCGGGAGGAGGACGACUUGGGAAAGUUCGUGGACUUGGACUUCAUCCUGGCGCACACCAGCAGCGGCGGGCAGGGGCCGCCCGGCCCCGGCCCCAACUACCCCCUGCCCGAGACCCCCGAGAGCUGCGGCACCACCUACGACAGCGACGGCUCCUACCCCACGCCGGGCAAGUUCCCGGCGCCUUACCCCGAGGGCCAGGGCCACAGCUACGUGGCCGAGCUGCUCACCCCGGACCUGCCCGGCCACUGCGACCUACAACGGAGGGAGUACACGGAGCUGCGGGUUCCCGGCGGCCCCCCGCCCCACCACCCCCAUCACCACCCGCCCCUGCACCCGGCCCUGGCCCGCCCGCUGCCCCUGGACCCCGCUCAGCCCUUCGGGCCCCGCAUCAAGAAGGAGCACCCGGAGGAGCGCGCCUGCAUGCUGGGGCUGCCCGCCGCCGAGUACCUGGGGCCGGGCGGUGGCGAGCACAAGCCACGCGUGGCGCCGGGACCGGUGCCGCCGCAGCCUUACCCGGGCUUCGUCCACGGUCGCCUGGGGCCCCCCGAGGAGCCUCUGCCCGGCGCCGACCCCCACCUCCUGGCCGACCUGCCGCCCCACUACGCCGUGGCCCCGCACCGCUACGCGCCCCACUUCGCGCCGCAGCCGCCGCAGUUUCAUGGACACUUCAGUGUUUUCAGGGAGCCCCUGAAGGGGCCGGGGCCGGGCCCGUCCGGGCUGCCCGGGCUGCUCGUCACGCCGCCCAACUCCCCGGUGCUGGAGUACUUCCCGGCCGGGGCCCCCCCCGAGGACUGCAAGCCCAAGCGCGGCCGCCGUUCGUGGGCGCGCAAGCGGACGGCCACGCACAACUGUGAAUACCCGGGCUGCGGCAAGACCUACACCAAGAGUUCCCACCUCAAGGCGCACAUGCGAACCCACACGGGCGAGAAGCCCUACCACUGCACCUGGGAAGGCUGUGGCUGGAAAUUUGCCCGUUCCGAUGAGCUGACCCGCCACUACCGCAAGCACACGGGGCACCGGCCCUUCCAGUGCCACCUCUGCGAGCGGGCUUUCUCCCGCUCUGACCACCUUGCCCUCCACAUGAAGCGGCACAUGUGAGCGCCAGGCCACGGCUGGACUUGGUGUCCCCGGAGCCAGCUCAUGGUGUAAAUAGCGUCAGGUCGGGGGAUGGCACUGGGGAGCAGCCUGGCCACCCAGCCUUCUCCGCUUGUAGUUGAUAACUAGUUUUCUCCUCCUGCCCCUCCUGUGAGAGCUGGGCCCAGCCGAGUGGUGGGGAAGGGCUGCUUUGGGGUGUAGAUGGGGAGCAAAGCUGCAAGAAGUGUCUCCAGCCCCUGCCUAGGCAUCACCACUCAGCUCCCUGUGCCUGGAGGGUCCCCCCAGCCAGGCAUCUGGUGAGUGGGGGGGGGGGCUGGUGCAGCAGGGAUCUGUCCCCGGAGCUCCUGGCUUGUAUCAGCUUAACCCUCUCCCCCCAAAUCCUUGCACCCCCCUGGCUCCGGAGACUGUGGUGUUUGACUCUGGCCAGGUUUUGGCUGGAGACCUGUACCUGCUGGGUGCGUUGGUUGUGGCACUGGGAAGUGGGUUGCUGGUCUUCUCGGUUGUGGCCAUCAGAACAAACCUCCCAACCCAAAAGCCCAGAGUGGACAGGGCGAGGGUGGGAUCUGACUGUGGCUCGUGGCUAUAAAGGUUUGCAGGGGUUGGCAGCGCAGUGUCACCUUGCACAGAGAGCAGGGACGCUCCCACUGCCAGCUUGGGACCCUGCUGGGCUAUCCAGUCCUGGCUAUUCCCACAGUUUUCUGCUCAGAAGCCUAAAAUGGCUCUCUUGGCUCCAAUCUGCUUUAACUUGUCUUGUUCUUCCCCUCAGGAUGACACCAGGUACUGCUGCAGCUGCCUUCCCCAUGCUGCUUUUUUAAAUUUAGUGUGUAAAGGACAGUGAGUCCAGCUAUGAAUGCCCAGGUCUCUGCUAUACUUGAAACUUUCUUAGAGGGAAAAAGAGAAAGCUCAAAGGAAAAUGAGUCUUUUUAUGUGCAGCUUCUGCAAAGCAAGUUGUAAAUUAAACAAAGCAGUAAUAUAUAAUGUUUCUGUUUUUUUAAUAUAUUUUUUUUCUUCCAGCUGGGAACACAGAUGAGUCUCGGCUUUGGGAAGUGCACUGUUCCCGUCUGUGUAUAUUGUUAAUUAACAUUUCUCUGCUUGGGCACGUUAGGUCUCUCGCACUCUGAAAUGUUACUUUUCUUUAUAUGCAAACUGUUGAAAUAUUGUGAUCUGCUGUAUAAUAAAUAAACAAGAUGUAAACAUGAAA